AUGGCGGCGGCGCUGGCUCCCCCGGCGCCGGCCCCGGACGGAAGCGCCCCGCCGGCCCCGCCGCCGCCCCCGCCGGCCCCGCCGCACGAGGUCAAGAGCCAGGUCCGCACCCGCGAGGGCUCCUACCGGCUGCUAGGCGGCCCCGAGCCGCGCGCCCGCCCCGCCGCCGCCCCCGGAGCGCCCGCGCCCCCCGCCGGGGCCCUCGCGCCCCCCGCCGGCAGCGCCGCCCCGCCGCUGCCGCCCGCCGGAGCCCCCGCGCCGCCCGCCCCGUCGCUGCCGCCCGUGCGCCUCUCGCUGGUGCGGCUGGGCCUGGCGGGCGGAGGCGGCGGCGAGCCCUGCGCGGACGGCGAGGCGGGCGGCCCGGGCGCCGAGCGGAGCCGCGUCUGCUUCAACCUGGGCCGGGAGCUCUACUUCUACUCGGGCGUGGCGGGCGCGGCCGGGCGGGGACGCAGGUCCAUCGAUCUGAAGAAACCCAUCGACAAGCGGAUCUAUAAGGGGACGCAGCCCACCUGCCACGACUUCAACCAGUUCACGGCGGCUUCCGAGAGCAUCUCUCUCCUGGUUGGCUUCUCAGCCGGGCAAGUGCAAUACUUGGAUCUGAUCAAGAAAGAUACCAGUAAACUCUUUAAUGAGGAGAGGCUCAUUGACAAGUCAAAGGUCACCUUUGUGAAGUGGAUCCCCGAAUCGGAGAGCCUCUUCCUGGCCUCCCACGCCAGCGGUCACCUGUACCUAUACAACGUGGAGCAGCCCUGCGUCUCGGCCGCCCCCCAGUACACCCUCCUCAAGCAAGGCGAGGGCUUCACGGUUUACGCCUGUAAGAGCAAGAACGCCCGGAACCCGCUCCUGAAGUGGGCGGUGGGCGAAGGGGCCCUGAACGAGUUCGCCUUCUCGCCCGAUGGCCGCUACCUGGCCUGCGUCAGCCAAGACGGUUGCCUGCGCGUCUUCCAUUUCGACUCCAUGCUGCUGCAGGGCAUGAUGAAAAGUUACUUUGGGGGGCUGCUCUGCGUCUGCUGGAGCCCCGACGGACGCUACAUCGUGACGGGGGGCGAAGACGACCUGGUCACGGUUUGGUCCUUUGCAGAGGGCCGGGUCAUCGCCCGGGGCCAUGGCCACAAGUCCUGGGUUAACGCAGUGGCUUUCGACCCCUACACCACCAGCAAGGAGGACGACGAGAGUGGGGAGCUGAGCGGCAGUGACGAGGAUCUCCAGGAAACGUCUGAAUUCCGGCGGGUGAGGACCAGCAGCACCCUCUCCCACCUGUCCAAGCACAGUGCCAAAAGCACCCCCUCAGUCACCUACCGAUUUGGGUCCGCUGGGCAGGACACCCAGUUCUGCCUCUGGGACCUGACCGAAGACGUCCUGUACCCUCACCACCUCCUGCCCCGCACCCGAACGCUCACCAACACCUUUGGCGCCGGCAUUCCUCCCUCGGGCAGCGGGGGCAGUAACCUGGCCGCCGAGUCGGGCGGCGGAGGGGGGCCGCUUCCCCGCUCCCUCUCGCGCUCCAACAGCCUGCCGCACCCGGCCGUCACCAGCGCCGCCAAGAGCCACGCGGCCGACGGGACGGUGCCCUUCAGCAUCGGCAAAUUCGCCACCCUCACCUUGCAGGAGCGGCGAGACAAAAAUGCAGAGAAAGAGCACAAACGCUACCACAGCCUGGGCAACAUCAGCAAGAGCAGCGACAAGCUGAACGUGGUGCCGAAGAGCAAGCUGGACACGGCCAAGGUCCUGGGCACGGCCCUGUGCCCCCGCAUCCACGAAGUGCCCCUGCUGGAGCCGCUGGUGUGCAAGAAGAUCGCCCACGAGCGGCUGACCGUCCUGCUCUUCCUGGAGGACUGCAUCAUCACCGCCUGCCAAGAGGGGCUGAUCUGCACCUGGGCCAGGCCAGGCCAGGCGACCCUGAAUUCCCACAAUGGGGGCUCUCCCAGCGGCACAAUCGUGUAAUCGGCACUAACUCAACGCUCGGCUGCUCUCCGGUUUGGAACCGGAGAGGGACUGUUUGCUCCAAGGAGGAAACCUGACCAAGAGGGGACAGUUUCCCGACAUUUUCGACGUGUGUACAGGUUGUCUCUUCCUUCCCUCGCCUGUGAAACCCGACUGUGUGGCAAUUGGAAUCCUAACCGUUAACCUCUCGAGACCAACAACGUAGUGCAGGACGACUGAUACCUCUCCGCUAUUUAAAAGUAUGAAUUAACAAACUCAUUAUUUAAUGCUAAGGUUUGAGCACAGAGUGCUGGAGGGGCAGAUUUUGCACAAGGGUGAACUGAGCUGCCCCCCUCCCUCCUCUUCCCCCCCCCCCCACUUCACCCAGACAGAAAUUCUGGCCGGCUUUCGGCUGUCUUGGCUCUGACCCAUCCCAUCCUUUCCUAAACUCCAUCUUCCUGGCUGCUUGGGGGGGGGAGGAACCCCCAGAAGGAAUCUGUUUUAUACAGGGGAGAUAACACUAAUUCCCUACCGUGUGUAACAGUCCUUGUCUGCCCCCUAUCCACCCCCCCUCCUUUGCUUUAAUGGACAACCAUAAUUCCAUUUUUGCCCAAGAAAUCCCAGUAUUUCUGCUGACUGGAGGUAGCAGUCAUACCUGUGUCCAGAGGGUAGUUCUUCCUUUCUAAGUGGAUGGUCCUCCUCCCAGUUCAGCCAACGGACUCCUAAGGACACUCCUUCAGUCUUUCAAGAUCCAGCACGAUACUGCCAAGGAAUUCUUGCCAUCCGUUGUUUCCGCCGUCUUUUGUUGUGUUGUGGACCUCGGCUUCGGUUUCCCGCCUCCAUCUCGGAAGGAUCCUCAGAAUUCCUCUUCAAGCGAAACGGAUUUUCUUUCCAUUGGUUGGGUCCUUGGACCGUUGGCUACUACUUGAUGGUACUCAAGGACAGCUUGCUACACCGGUCCGCUCCGGUCCCCGACCCCCCCCUCCCUCGGAUUGGGGUCUCAUUGUUGGGAGAGCAGUCUCUGGCCAAAUCCGAUCCUUUCUCUCUCUCGACACUUGUUUGUCGUUGCUGCCUGUCCUGCCGAUUAGCAAAUGUACAUAUUUAUGCAUCGGCGAUCCCAGCACAUCCACUGUUGAUUUGCAUAGACUCAUGGUACAGUCGUUAAACACACACACACCACAUGUCUGCAUCCAGACCGGGGCUUCUCAAAUUCAGCCCCUUUUAAGGUGUGUGGACUUCAACUCCCAGGAUUCCCCAGCCAGCCAUGAGUACAGGAGUCCACAAAUCUUAAGUUGCUGAGGCUAAGAGGCACCGGUCUAGUCUACGUAGUGGCAGCAUCUGAUGCUUGUCCGGUCAGUUGCUUAGCUUGCUUAGCUUAGACUCGGAGACGGCCUGCUGUGGAAGUUGUCAGAGGUUUUUGGUCACAAAAAGUCAAUCUGUAGGAUGGUUCGUGGCAAACCCUGGCUUUUGGAGCUGCCGUUCUCCAUCUUGAUGUGCCAGACUAAUGAAUGUUGGUCUCGCAGUGGUCAUGAGGGCUCCUUGUUGCUGUCUGAGCUUGCUUGUUUUGCAGCUUGCUUGUUUUGUUUGUUUUGCAAAACGAGCUUGCUAGUUUUGAGCUUGCUUGUUUUGUUUGUUUCAUUACCCAAACUAGGUAACAACAUCAGUGCUAGUAAA